AGGGGGCGGAGAGAGGGUCCAUGACUCACCUGGUGGUAUGAUAUGUUUUCUUGAGGUUUCUUGAGGAUUUAAAAUGGUAGAAUUGCAAGGGGGAAGGGGCCGGCUGGGGGCUUCUUGUAAAUGUCAACCUUAUGUUCUCUCACUGUGUGGGAAAAAAAAAGAGAGAAUGAUUAGUUUCCCGUUCAGCUUUGAACCCAUGCAUGAUGAAUCAUAGGAGGAGUGAGAACCCAUCAUACCUUUGAUGGCUCUUGAAUCCUUUGCUUUGGCUUUAGGGGAGUUAAAAUGAUGAAUCGUUUUGUAUGCGGUCAAUCUCAUGCUUGUCUUUUGGGGGUUUAACUCUGAAGUAAAGCCCACUUCUUUGAUCAAAUCAGAAAGAGCAUGUCAUUUGAUGUUCCAGACAGUAUCCUCUGGCUUUAUGCUUGUAGAGUAGGGAGAAUGCAUAGUUUUUCUUCAGCUCUGCACACCAUUCUUUCUGUUUGUGCGGUGUUUAAUAUCCCAAUUUUGUGGAUGCUUUUCUUUUUUUCAGAAAAAAGCAUUACUCUUUUUGAGUCUUGAUUUAAACAUAUGUAAUGAUGAUAUGUGUCUGAUAAAAUUGGUGCUCGAUUGUUUUACACUUGCUUUCGUUUGGUUAAUGAUGCGAUUCAAUCUUGUAUGCUUUUGAUGUGGAAGUGAAUCACUUUCCUUAGCUGGUAAAAGAGAAGGUUUUUUUGGUUUUGUAUAACAGGAAAAGGGAGGGCAGCAUCAACCUAGUUUAAUUCUCCGUUCUUUUGGUUAUAUUUCGGGAUAUGGGAAAGAAGUUACCUGCGAGUUGUCAUUUGGCCAUGGCCAUGGAUGUUCUGUGUGCUGUCAUGCACCCAAGGGAGGUUCAUGUCAGUCACUCUCUCUUGCACCCAUCUUCUCUUAAGCUGGAAGUUUGAAAAAGGUCUCUGAGGUAAUACAAUGGAUAUGAGAACAUGACUAUAAGAAUCAUCCGCAGACCUCGUAAUACAAUGACUUGGAACACGUUUACUAAUUCUGAUUCUAAGAGGAAAAUAUAUGUCGGAAGACAUCGGACGCAUCAUGACUGCAGCACAUUUUAAACCUCACUAGCCGAAAGUGCUGUCUGAUCUGGAGUUGAAUCUCUUUAUGUUACUUGCACUUGGGCAUCAUUAAGAGAAUAGGCAGUUACCUAUCAUUGAAAGAAUAGAAGUUAGGAUUACCUUGAUCUUCAAUUUUCCUUCCUAUAUGUUAUGAUUUUUCAAUAGUAUGAUGUAAUCUGACUGCCACCCAUACGAGGACUUAAUGAAAGAGACUCUGAAACAAGUAUAGUUCAGUUGGUCUACAGCACUGUUCUAUUAACAAUUCCUCUGAAACAGACUGCAGUUUUCCAGCAUCCCAUUGCAAUGGAGAAUGAUGUUUUUAAUGCCUCUCUACAAAAAACAGAUCAUAAUCAUAUGGACAUCGAUGCAGUUACAUCUGAUAUAUUUUCAGGUCCAUUCAUACAGUCAGGUAUGAUAGAUUAUGACAGCCAUGAGCAGAUGAUUUGUGGGAAUAUUUUGUACCCAACAUUGCCAGAAGAGGUCCAGAACAAUCCUUAUAUAACAAACCAUGGUGCUAUCUCCAAUUAUGCAUCAAGGGGGGAUGCUUCUUUCGAGGAUUCUAUUGGGAAAACUGGCCAGCGGAUCGGAGCUUCUGUGUCUGCUACUUCACUUGCCUACCUUUUGCCUGGCUCCCAUAGUUUGCAGGAAGAUCUUACCGGUUUGGGUGUUUCAUCAGCAUCGCCACUGGGUGAGAUCAGAGCCUUAUCAUCCAGAGACUGUUGCAAUACUUUUGGUACACAGGAUGUUGCUAGGUUUUCAAGACCAAAAGUUGAUGCCAAUAUGAAUGGCAAACUAGAUUAUGGUUGGAAUUGUGAUGGAACUCCAGAUCAUCGAGUUCCUUCGAGUAGAACAAGCAUUGUUCACCCAUCUUAUCAUGUCAAAGGACGCUCGGAACCUGGGUGGGAUUCCAAUGCAUCUACCAUCACAUCUGAUCAUUUACCAAGUUCUUGUGUGCCUAAUAAUGAGCUGUCCCUUAGGCUUGGCUCCUACCAGACUUCUAUGAUGAACAUGCUUAAUGCUCCAGAUCGGUGCUCAGAACUAAGCUGCUCCAAGUUAACUCAAGUUUCAUCAAAAGAUGGUGAAAACCCAGAUGCUAGUGGAUUGCAGGAUUCCUUUCGUGUUUUCUGUUCUUCGCAAAAUGUCAGUGUGGGAAUGGCGCUGGGACUUGCACAAACCUUUGCUACUGGCGAAGAGCUAUCUCUGUACCGUAAUUCUUCUCCCUUCUAUUUUCCUCGCGUUCUUUUAGGAUCAAGAUAUCUCUACAUAGGUCAACAAAUACUCGCCGAAGUUGCAAGUUAUGCAGAGCUGGAUGGCUUGUUUGGUGGGAUUAAGGGUGAGGCAAGGAUGCCCUUUUCUUCUAGUUGUUCCAGUGAAAGAGGAAUUGUAAGUGUCGGUUGUCAUGAGUUCCCACUUUCUUCUGGUGGAACCAAAUCUCAGGACCAUAUGGACCGACAGCAGAGGCUGGAAACUGAAAAGGAGAAGUCUCAGCUGUUAGUGAUGCUUCAAAGGAUUGACUGUAGAUACAAUCAGUGCUUAGACCAGAUCCAGAAUGUGAUAUCUGCAUUUAAUAAAGCAACCGAGUCAGUAACUCCACAACUGCAUGCCCACUUUGCUCUUCAUACAAUCUCUGUGAAUUAUAAAAACCUGAGGGAGAGAAUUACAAGCAGGAUUCUUUUCACUGGUCAACAACUAAGCAGCAAAUGCACCAAAGAACAGGAGAAAACCUUGGAAUCUUCCUUAAUCCAGAAACAAUGGGCUUGGGCUUUGCAGCAGAUGAGGGAAGAUCAGCAAUCUUGGAGACCCCAAAGGGGCUUGCCUGAAAAAUCUGUCUCAGUUUUACGAGCAUGGAUGUUUCACAAUUUUCUUCACCCGUACCCAAAGGACGACGAGAAACAUUUGCUUGCAUUAAAAAGUGGAUUGACGAGGAGCCAGGUAUCCAACUGGUUUAUAAAUGCACGGGUUCGUCUAUGGAAACCCAUGAUAGAAGAGAUGUAUCUGGAAUUCAGUAAAAUGAAUCGGAAUGGGGUUACAGGGGCUGAUAGCAGGAGCCAUUAAACGGUCAGCAGAAAAUCCAAAUCAAUCCAAUUAUACGCUGCUGUCCUAGGAACAACGAAAUUACUGGAGGAAUAAUGGGAUAUAAUGAUACUUUUGGCAAAUGGAGGAAAUCUAUUGUGGAGUGAUCAAUUGUUCAGUUUGGUAUUUUCUGUUGAUGAUCUGAAUUGUACAUGAAACAUUUGCGAGAAUGUCCAUGACAUGCUAGUCCAAAUAAAAGGUUGAUAGUGCAAAGAUAUUCUGCAUGGAACAAAGGCUUUGUUUUUGA